AAAGAGACAGAGAGAGAGAAAGUUAAUCUGAAUUGAAAUUUUGUGGGGAGCUAGCUUGAACAAUGCAAAAUAUGGAAGAUGAGCUCCUGGAGGUAAGGUGGAAUGAUACAAUGCCUAAAAAAAGUAUGUCAGGGUAGAUAGUUUAUAGAAUGAAUCACACUCUACAUUGAAAGAUCACAUAUGUGAUGCCUAUGUCAAGAAGUGAAGUAGACAUAACAUAUCUUACAGUCUGAGACAUUUGGGAUGUAACUCAUGAACAGCAAUAGAAUUUAAAUGAGAUAAAAGCAAAGUGUUCAAAGCUUCAGAUUUCAACUAUUGCCCCAAAGACCCUUAGGGUUUUUUGUAUCUUGGUAGGGGUGUUCAACACAAAGUAAAGGCAACACUGGAUGUGGGUGGAGGUGCAGAAAUAGUCACAGGACUUAAACACGGCCAGAUCUACAGUUUCUGUUCAAAUAUAAUUAGCAGAGUUUGUACCCUUCUGCUGUUAGUAGAAAUGCUCAGUAAAAUUUAUAUUACCAUUCUAUCAUUUUGAUAGCAUUCUGGCUGAUGUACUGUAUUUGUUUCAAUUGUGAUUUUAUUGAUUGUUCUUUUGUUUUUAUAUUUGGAAAUUGCACCAAUGACAUUUGUCUCUUUGAUGGUACAAAAGUAUUUUAAAUGUUCGAAUGACUUUGGCAUAAGAAGUACAGUGAUAGAGGGCAAUUUUGCAGUCUGUCCACAGCCACCUGAGCCAGAAAAUGGAGGGUACAGAUGCCAUCCAGCUCCAUGUAAAGACCCACUGACAUCUGAUAGCGUCAUAGAAUAUUUAUGUGCAGAAGGCUACCUGCUCAAGGGUGACUACAAAUAUUUGACCUGCAAGAAUGGAAAAUGGAACCCAGACAUGGAGGUUACCUGUAGGCUCAGCCAAGAUAAAGAUUCUCCUCCAAGUGUGGGCGUGCCCACCUUAUCAAUAGUAGCUUCCACAGCAAGUUCAGUAGCUCUUGUCCUUCUGCUAGUUGUACUGUUCGUUUUGCUGCAGCCAAAGCUGAAGUCCUUUCAUCACAGCAGGCGUGAUCAAGGUGUUUCUGGGGAUCAGGUUUCCAUCAUGGUUGAUGGCGUUCAGGUUGCUUUGCCAUCUUACGAAGAAGCUGUCUACGGCAGUGCUGGGAACUGCAUACCUCCCUCGGAUUCACGGGUACAGAUUGUCCUUUCAGAAGGAGCGGAGCAGAGCGCAGCAGGGGAGGUGCAACAGCCACCGUCAGACCACAUGGGGCACCAUAACUGUUUCGCUGGGGAGGAUGAAGUCCCUGGACACUCUGGACUGUGUGAAGCCGGCAGCUCUUACCACUCUGAGGCUAUUUUAGUGCAUCAGGCCACCACAUCCUCCUGGGUGGCUGGAAGGUCAAGUAGUCAGCCCAGACACAAAGAGGCUCCAGACUCCGAGAGCAGUGAUGUGCAAAGCCUUCUGUCACUAGCUUCCUCAGAGGAGUACACUGAUGAUAUCCCACUGCUGAAAGAAGCAUGAGGCUCAAAGCUUUGGUCUGGCUUCUCUCCAUGUUCUUCUUGGGAUGAUAAGCACUCUGUGCAGGCUUCUCCCCAGCUCCCGCGCACUGUGCUCAGAGUACCUCCAAGCAAACACACCCUGUAGCUGAAGAUCCAAAGGAUUCUGCCAGGAUGCCUCCUUGAUGGAGUGUACAGGGUGCCAGACCCCCCUCCCAAUUCUUUCUGCAUAUAUGGGCGGCAUCAACGAUGUUAGUGGACUUGAGUUCCUUCUUCACCCUCCUCCUCCCCCAGCCGGAUGUUUGAGUGUGGUCUCUGGAGAGCUGCUCUUUACUUGUGCCUUGCUCCUCUUCACACUGGCUUGUUGCAGCUUCUCAUGGGCCUUACUAGCUUCUGGACCUCUGCUCAGAAAGCAGGGAAAAACAGCUUGCUUUUGUUAAGUGCAGAUAGUUUACUUCCAUUUAUUCACCAUGUUACGAAGGCAAGACAGACUUCCUGUGGAUGGUGAACUUGGGGAGUCCAUUGAGAGUUGCACACACAUACUGCAGCCCUCAUGGGUUUUGAAACUGUAUACUACAUAAUGUAGCUGCACAUGAGCACAUUAGGCAACACUGGCUGUGUUUCAGGCAAUUGCAUCUGGCUGACUUAAAAGCAAGCCUUAAAUGGCAAUCUUAGGCUGCUAUUCGCUUUUGUGUCCCAAAGAAGGGGUGAAGGGGAAGUACCUCUGUUGGGAUGAAGUGUCUGUACCUCAGUAAGCUUCCACUUAAAAAAAAACCUGUCCUCUCUAUUUUGUUCAUCAAGGACAUUCUUUUCUGAACAUGAUGUGGGAUAAAUCUAGGGCUGUCUUGAAGCUUUGAGGAAUUUGGUCAGGUUUUAAGAUUACCUGCAUGGGCAAGCCCAUGUGGAGAAAGAGUGUCCUUCCUCCUAGAGGAGCUACUCUGUUAGCAAUACUAUGGCUGUGCCAUAGUUGAUCCAAAGCCUUCCAUCUUCCAGUCUGAGUUCUUUGGCUUUGGAAAGGCUUUACAGUGUGUAGAGAUCAUCACACAUAAUUGCGCCUUUGCUCUAACCUACCAUAACAAAAAAAGUAAUUUUGGAAUUUCUGCUUCAUUUUGUGGCUUCCGUUAGUUCCCAUCCUUGUACAGGCAGUGCCAGGGCAUUUAGUAACUAGUGGGUGUUUCUUAUGUCUUCCUUGUUUUCUUAGAAUACUAGUCAUUAAAAAAUUGAUCACUAUUAGUAAGUAUCUAGCUUUUUAUAAGUGGCAUGCCCAAUUUGCCUUGAAUGAAAUGUGGUGAUAGCCUGCCUUAAAUUUUUUGAAUGGAAAGAGCCAUGCUGCUGAUUUGCUCUGACAGAAGAUUUCCCCAGCCUCUAUUUUUAUUUAUAUAUACAUAUAUAUAUAUUUUGCUUUGCUUCCACUUGAAAAUGUCUUACUAUGCAGGGAACACAUUUGCUUACCUCCAUCUUUGCUCACAUGUAUACUUUUGCUUUUGUUUAUCUGGCCCUCUAAGAACAAAGCAUAUAAUUUCUUGAUAGCAUCCUGGAACUAUAGAUUCAUAGAGUUUUUUCCCUAGUGAGCAUCCCAGUGUGAGUCCCCUUCCCUCGCAACAAUUUCUACAAGAAUAACAAGGCAAAUCAGUUGCCACCUCUUAUCAGUCCUUAAGAUAGUCAAAUGAAGGAGAAAUUUAGGAGUGCCUCCAUGCUGAAUCAUAUAUAUAGCUGCAGUGCGGGAAGCCACUAUUCCUAAAUGGUGGUACUGCUGUUGCUGCUUCAUGUAGGGUCUUCCAUUCUUUGUCUUUUGUUCAACUUGCAUACUACCGUGUUUCCCCAAAAAUAAGACAGGGUCUUAUAUUAACUUUUGCUCUAAAAAUGCAUUAGGGCUUAUU